ACUGUUUGAUAGCUAAAUAUUCGCGAUUAUUAGUAUUUGGACUUUAUCUAGCAUGUAGAGCACUUGGAAAUGACGAAAGAAAUGAAAUGGCUGAUCGUUUUGGAAAAAAGAACAAAGAAUUGGAUACAUUCUUAGUGGAAGAAAUAGAAUUACAAUGGUCUUCUCUAGCAGAUUGCUUAAAUGUAACAGAAAACGAAUUGUUAAAACUUCAAACAUGCAUAUUAAAAAGGUUUUCAGAUCUGAAGAGGAUUGACUUAGGAGAAAAGAACUCGGAAUGCAUUAAAAUUAUUUCCGACGUUUUUGCAAAUCGAUAUACCCUCAUUGACGAGCAAAUAAGAACACACACAGCGGAGUUAAGGAAAAGUGAAUCAUUUGAACACCUGGAAGUCUAUCUAGAUGAGACCGAAUGUGAUAUGAAUACUACAAUACUUCGGCGGACUUUAAGUCCCCCGUCAGUAGAAUGUUUAUUAGGGGAAAUAACCAUAAAGAGAUACGAAGAAAAAUAUCCCUUUCUCUACCACCUUCUUUCUCGACUACACAUUUUGCGACUUUUACAACUACUUCAACCAAUUUUGAAAUGGCAAAAGGCAAUUGGGGUGUUUGGAAAGUAUAUUUUACGAAAAUGUGAAUGUAGGACCUUGACAGUGUCAGGAUUUAUAGACGAAAAAUGUUCUAAAUCUGAUUUCCGUAAAGUAAAAUAUAUCUUUCAGGAUUUUAUGGAAAAUUGGAAUGAAAUAUUUUCUGGAAAUAAUGUAGACAUCCUUCACACAGUGGAACCAAAUAUAAAACCAUUAUUAGCAAAACCUGAUGAAAAAAUCGGCAUGUUUAUGAUCAUUGACCAGUCUUCGCAAUUAUUACUUGUGCUUAAAGCGUUAAUAAAAAUACAAAACAAUUUCCUAGAGGACGUUAUCAGUAUAGCACGUACAUCUAAGUGUUUACCCCUUUCAUUUCUUGAAAACCCGAAAACAUCCCAAUUCCAUCAUAUAUCACUUUUUGAACUCCAAGAUCGUGAUAUUUUGCCCCAUUCGUUUCCAAAGGACGCUCUGUUAUUUUGUCAAAGAAGUGUAAAAGAUCCGUCUGUCCGUGUAAUAUAUGAUUUUCCGAAAAUAGAAUCAGAGGUUUCUGUUGAGUAUUUGACAAACGCAAAGUUUAUCUCCUUUAAGGAGCAAAGCUUGUUGAUUCAGUUUAAAGACGAUAUAUCUCAAAACACUAUCCUCUUGCUUAAAGCACUAUAUCAAAUGUUCAACCAAACAGGUACUGAUAAACAGAGACUCGAUAAAAUUAGAAAAAUGCUUUCAGAAAAUGAAUUGGACAAAAAUAGUAAACUUUUGACCGUUCUAGGCAUUGUGGCGGCAAUGGAGCCCCAUGAAGAAAUUAAAAAAAAAAAUUGUGUUCCAAUGAUUGAUUAUUUUAAAGAAUAUGAAUUCGAAUUCGCUCUCACGAAUUUUGAGCACGCCAUUCCCGCAGAUGCGCAAUUGGGAGAUCUAGUUUUCAUCUACGAAACUUUGGAAGAAUUUAAUGGAGAGAGAGUAAUUAUAUCUUUGGAAGAAGCAUAUCGAACAAAGUUAUCAAACAAAGUAAUCCAGGAGUUGAAUUUAGUAGAUCAGGCAAGAACAAGUUGGGAAAAAAUAUUAGUUGGCAUAAAACUAUUUGCUCAUAGAUUUAUAUGGAACAAUGCAUCUUCGUUAAGCACAGAAACAAGAUUACAAGACUAUAUGAUAGACGAUAGCUUUUGGUCGGUUCGCAUUUCAAAUGAUGAAAAAAUUGGACUAACAAUGAGAAUGCCAGAAAAUAUUCGGGUUCGCCAUAUAUGCCAUUUGUUCAGCAUUCUGCAGUCUGAACUAAAGAAUGAAACCACGAUUACAAAAGAAAUUGUUGAAGAGAGACAUAAACUGAGCAUUGCGGCAAAAGCAAAGUCAAGGCAACUCAAAAGCAGAAAACGCCUAACAGUUGGAAAAUCAUAA